ACAGUAAUAACACAUACGACGCGACCAUCCAGAUAUCACACGCUACUAUCUGCGCUGUCUUUCCUUCCUCGUCUGCUUCUCUCCUCGUCUCGUCUGUCUCUUCUCUUCUCUUUCUCUGGCAACAAAUAAACGAAGUCAUAUGCCAAGACAUCCCUUCCUGGAUCUGCACUUAUGCUUCGUCGCGCGGUUCUUUCAGAUUGCAAUUCAAGGAACUAGGAAGGGUGAUUGAGAUUUCGAGGCUGGGAAUUUGAAUAUCUCAAGAGAAGGGCAAAAAUGGCUGCAAAACUUUUACAUUCAUUAACAGAUGACAACCCGGAUUUGCAAAAACAAAUAGGAUGCAUGACUGGGAUUUUUCAACUCUUUGAUCGGGAUCACAUCAUAUCUAGCAGGCGCAUCACCAGCCACAGCCCCAAGAGGCUCCCUUCUGGUAUUUCUCCCUUCAAGUAUUCAAUUGAGUCUAAUGGUGUAUACCAUCCUUCAACAGCAGAGGAUCAAAAGGAUGCAAACAAAACUAUCAAUGAGAAACAAAGAGUCUCCACUGAAUCAUCCCGGGCCUCUUUCUCAUCUUCCUCUCGUUCAUCAUCCUUCUCUUCUCUAGACUGUAACAGGGCAGCUCAACCAGAACCCUUAUCCUUUGACCGAAUCAUUUUUCCUGAAACUCCUUCAAGGGACCCUGCAAUGAGCCAAUCAAGUGCCUCUCCACAAUUUGGGAGGCAAUCCCUUGAUCUCCGUGAUGUGGUCAAGGACUCCAUGUACAGAGAAGCCCGGGGACUAUCAGUAAAAACUACAACCAAAGGACAAUCAGUUGAUCAAAUUGCCAAGUAUAAAGAUUCCCCAAAGCCUCUGCAGUUCUCUGCAUCUGGUGAUGGGUCUUGCAGCAUGGGCUUCAAUGGAAAGCAAAAUUUUCCUUCUGAUAUCAAAGAGUCUCUCAGGGUUCUUUCCAAACUUCGAGAAUCACCUUCAUAUUUCAAUGAAUCUAGAGAUUCAAAAGACGAGUCUCGGUUUUCAGUAACAAAGGAUGCUCCUCGGUUUUCUUAUGAUGGAAGGGAACUAAAUUGGUUGUCCUUUGAAUCACGAGAUAACUACAAAUCAACACUGAAGCUUAAAGAACGUCCAAGACUAUCAUUGGAUGGUAGGGAGGAUUCAAUGCGAAGUUUGAACUCUGAUUCAAAAUCAAACUUUCUUGUGAGAAAUUCACAGGGAGAUGGUGGCAACUCCAAUGACAGGAUGCCAGUGCUGCAGCAAAUUUCUGGAAUUCAGGGAGGUCAGCAAAUUUCUGGAAUUCAGGCACGACCUCCCAGUGUUGUAGCUAAGCUAAUGGGGUUAGAAACACUGCCAGAUGCUGCCUUGGCUAAUGACAGUCGAAUAGGAUUGAUCAAAAGAAACCCAGUUGAGGAUUCUGAUCCCUUUUUGAGAACAUUAAAAUCAAGUGAUCCAUGCCAACCAAUCCAAAUAUCUAGUUCUCCACGUAGUUUGUCAAGGGAACCUGCUUCACCUCGUUGGAGAAAACCUGAAUCAGCCAUAAAGCCAAUUUCAAGGUUUCCAGUUGAACCAGCUCCUUGGAAGCAGGUUGAUGGCACCCAAGCUUCUCAGAGACCAGCUUUUAGGCAUCCAAAACCUCCAACAAGGGCUAGUAACUCCUUUCCUUCUGUUUAUAGUGAAAUUGAUAAAAGGUUGAAGGAUUUUGAGUUCUCUCAAGCUGGAAAGGAUCUCAGAGCCCUUAAACAGAUACUGGAAGCCAUGCAGGCAAAGGGGCUCCUAGAGAGCAGUAGAGAGGAGCAUGAUUCAGAUUUCAGAUCACAAAGAGACCAUCAGCCAAGAUAUUCAAGUCUUCAUGUCAGUGGUAGAUCAGUAAAGCUACAAAAGUCACAAAAUGAUCAUGUUGGUAACUCCAAAAGUAAGGGAGCUAAUAGUUUGAGGAGCUUCGAUCCAAUUGUGAUCAUGAAACCAGCAAAACUUGUUGAGAAAUCUGGCAUUCCUGCUUCUUCAGUAAUCCCAAUUGAUCGCUUAUCAGAUCUACCCAAACACAGGGGCAGGUACUCUGCAGAUGGUAGAAAAAGUUCAGUUAAUAACCAGACAAAAAAAGAACAUACUUCAAAGACCAGUUUCAAUGAAAAUGCUGUCAAUUCAACAGGUAGUAAAAGAACCAACAACAGAACUUUAAAAUCCACACAAAUUGCAUCAUUGUCUCUACAGUUGCCCAAAGAGAGUACUACAAGUGCGUUGAAGAGCUCAGGCUCUGUGAGCCCAAGAUUGCAACAGAAGAAGCUUGAGCUGGAGAAGCGUUCUCGGCCACCAAUCUCUCCUGAUUCCAGUAAAUCAAGAAGGCAGCCCAGCAAGCAGCAACAGGAGUCAGGUUCCCCAAGUGCGAAACGUAGACCAAAAUCAGUGAACUUGCGGCAGAGUGAUGACCAAUUGAGUGAGAUUAGCAGCGAUGCAAGGAAUUUGAAUAACCCAGAGAAUGACAUUUCUGUGCAAUCGGAUGGGAGUAUUUUCUCAGACUCAGGGAUAGAGAUAGAAGUUACCAGUUCGGAACACUGUGCUGAGACCAAUGGCAGCCGGAGUCCAUCUGUGAAAGCUGCCAAGAACUCCUCGUCUACCUUAGUUCAAAAGAGAUUAGCUCCAAGGAUAAGUGAGGAUGCGCCAGCGGCCGAAUUUCCUUCAGUUGCCCCUGAACAUCCUAGUCCUGUCUCUGUACUUGAUGACACGAUGUAUGGGGAGGAUGCUGCUUCUCCUGUGAAACAAAUAUCAGAUGCCUUCAAAGAUGAUGGGACCAUGAAUUCUAAUGAAAGUUGCAAUAGGGAUCAAUCAGACUCGGUGGAGAAUCUCAUGCCUAACAGCACAGGUUCCAGUCUUCAGUCCAAGGUUAGUCGCAAGAAACUAGCGGAUAUUGAGCACUUGGUGCAGAAGCUUAGACGACUGAACUCGAGCCAUAAUGAAGCACAGACAGAUUAUAUUGCGUCUCUAUGUGAGAACACGAACACAGACCACAGAUACAUAUCUGAGAUAUUGUUAGCUUCAGGUCUCCUCCUCAGGGAUCUUGAUUCAAGCCUGGCAACAUUUCAGCUUCAUUCAUCUGGUCACCCAAUCAACCCAGAGUUAUUCUUGGUCUUGGAACAGACCAAGGCAAGCAGUCAACACAAGGAAGAAUGUGGCAUUGGAAAUGUUGUCCAUGUGAAUAAGCCCGACAGCGAAAAACAGCACCGCAAGCUCCUAUUUGAUGCUGUCAAUGAGAUUCUAGUGCUGAAGUUAGUUUCAGAAAAGGCUUCUCCUGAGCCAUGGAUGAAGCCCUGCAAGCUCACAAGGAAAUCUCUAAAUGCGCAAAAGCUUCUGAAAGAAUUAUGUUCAGAGAUAGAGCAUCUUCGAGCUAACAAAUUUGAGCACGGCUUAGAGGACGAGGACGACAGCUUGAAAAGCAUCGUGAGGGAGGAUGUGAUGCGCUGGUCAGGGAGUUGGACCGACUUGCAUGACGAAAUCUCUGGAAUAGGAUUGGAUGUCGAGAGGCUGAUAUUCAAAGAUUUGGUCAACGAGGUUGUUCAUGGCGAGGCAGCGGGCCGCCAAACCAAGCCAGGUAGGCGUUGCAGGAAGCUAUUUGCAUAAUAGGGGAGAGUAGUGUAUGGAAGCUUUUGUUUCUUCUCACCUCACUCUUUUCUUCUUGCUCCUUGCCUGUUUUCAUCUAGGUCUUUACAUAUACAUAUACAUAUAUAUAUAUAUCUUUUUUUUUCGUUUUCUCUUCUGGUCGGUUCGGAUGUUGCAAAUUUUUCCCGUCUUUAGAAGCAUAGUAACUUGUUGGAUAAGGAAUUAUGGUUGGAUUGUAAUUACAAAUUAAAUACCUUCUCCAUCGUA